AGAACAUCGAGUUUGCUCAAUAAGUAGCCUUCUCGAGUUCAAAGCGAUACACAUUCACCUUUAUUCUUCCUCUCUCUCUCUGCGCAAUUUGAACCGUGUUUUUCUCCUCGGAAAUUCCUUCUGGUAGAAUUAGGGUUGCAUCUAUCAUUCUGUUAAACAGACAUGGAUAUGGAUUUAUCUGAGAAUCAACAUAUGAUUUUUCAACCACUUUCAGCUGACCAAAUUGCUAUCAACGAGAAGAAAAUGAACAUGACUUUGGAUGAUAUUAUCAAGAUCUCCAGAAAAACUGCUGGUUCUGACCCCAGAAAACCAAGGCCAUACAAAAGGAAGAACGGUCCAGCCGUUGGUGGGAAUAAUUUAUCGAGUUUGUGGGAAUCUAAAUUAUCUAUGAAACUGAACAGAAGGGAGAAUUUUCCAACUGCUGGUGCUCCUUUUGGGAGGAAUUCUACAAGUGUUUGGAGUCGUUUGAAGGUUUCUAAUCCUUCUGUCAGACAGGGUUUGCCCUCUCAAAGAUAUCUAAACCUCCAAGACAACCAGUAUAUCGUAAGGGCGUUUGCCACUAAUGUGCAACCAGCUACAACUCGUACCAGGCCUCUAUCUCGCAACAAGAUGCCUAAUUUUAGAAACUCAAGGUAAAUCGUGGCUUCCUAGUUCCUUCUUAUCACAUCAGAAGUGUCUCCAGCUUAUUUAAGGAGCUUUUUUCGACUAUAAGUGUUCGAGUUUGGGUCUUUCUCCCAUCCAGUGUAGGGUUCCUGCAUUUGUUGCUCUUUUUACCAAGGAGAAACAACUAGUUACACUCACGAUUAUACUUCGCACUGAAGUAUGAUAUCUUAGGCGGGAAGAUAUUGGUCACUCUGCUUAUGAAAAAGUUAAUCUGGGUUUGAGAAUUUGUGAUGAACUGGCUGGGCUGCUUGCACUAAUAGUAUUUCAUUUUAAGGUUGGAUAAUUUCGUAAAGUGAUGAUUUUGGUAAUCCCCUCAGGCUUGCAUUUUACCACGAUGAUUAUUAGUUAUAUGGUUCGGAAGGUGACCAAGUUAACGAGUCCGGCUUUCUGGUUUCUGCAUUGCUCAGCUUUUCUAUGUAAUUUAUUUCAACUGCCUGCCUUGUUGUGUCCUGAAGCAGUGAGACACCAUUCCUAAAUGGACCCUGGGUUCACAAUUUGCUACACUGCAAAGGGUAUAAGUCUUUUUAUGUUCUUAAGCAGCUGUGUGUACAAAGGAGGCCAUUUAAGACUGGAAUAUUAUCACUCUUAACAUGGUUGGGUUGAAUUGAUGAAUGCACUGAUGAAAGUUGAGAUUUGAUCGAUGAUUUUUAUCAGCAAUAGUGGUAGUCGGGUAGAAGUAUGAGAUUAGCUUUGUAUAUUUCUGUUGUAAUUUUCAUCAGUAAUAGUGGUAGGUAGUCGGGUAGAAUGAGAUUAGCUUUGUAUCUUUUCUGUUGUAAUUCGCAUGUUGAGAUCUCGUUUCUACUCUGGAUACGAAUUGUUGCAUGGUGACGGGGUUUUUACAGAAACAGAUGAAUUGGGCAAGCAUAAUGGAAUCUACUUCUGCAAUAUGUUUAAAAUGGUUCAGCAACUCUGCUUCAAGUUCAAAGUGAUAUCCCCCAAGGCAUUUGAACUUCGUAAGACUUACUUUUCAAUUAUUCUUUGUGACGCUUGCUGGAUCCAGGGCUGGGAUUACACCUGUUCAGAAAAGAAGAUUUGCUGAAAAGAAGCAGAAAUGGAUGAAAUGGCAGAAGCAGGGUUACAACGCUCAGAAAUUCGGCGCAUUUUGUGCUUAUGACAAUGCAAGGAAGAAGGUCGUGCCUCAUUCCAUGGAAUAUUACGAGUACUGAAGUUGGUGGCGGGGCUACAAAAAUUCAUCUUCUACAGCAUGACACCAUCUGGUGAAUCACUCAACAGCCAGACUAGAUGUAAAACAAGAAAAAAAAAAGAACUUCAUAGAGUAGUUUUGCUAGAUUCGUUUAAUAUGUUCGAAUUCUAUUUGCAGUCUCAUUUCUUGCGUAAAAUUCGUUUAAUACUUCAACGUAUAUAAAAUUCCAGAAAUUCAGAUCA